AGCGCGACCGUGCCGAUAUCGGUGACAAGCGCCGCCCUCGCACGCCGCCCGCUCAUAACCCAAUAACUUGAAAGAAAACUUAAAGAGUAACCGCUUUCAGUAAUAACACAGGCCUACUCCAUGCUUUAGCUGUGAUAUUCGUCCAAGCCAGUGUGCGGGACAUGCGGCCGCUGAGGUCGGGACCUAGCGCGGCAUCUCCCGCUCUUCUUAAACGUAAAGGUAGCGGUGCAGUAUUAUGAGAGACGUUAUAUCUGAUAAGUGCACAAAAAUGUUCGACGCGUCAAUUCAAGAAGUAAACGGGAAAGGACCGAAAAAGAGGAAAAAGUCUUUGGAGAACGUCUGUGAUAAGGAACAGCGGUCGGAUUUGGAGAGUGAGAAUGAAGGAGCUUCGGCUCGGGAGCAGAAUGGAAUAGAUGAGGCGGUUAGCACUGAUGCCAUGGGGCUACUGCACUGGCGGGAUAUGCCGAAGCACCUCCAGUUCAAUCCGUACGUGCUGACGGGGUACCGGCCGCUGCAGGAUUGGGUCGGCUGCAUCCGAAGUCUCUUCUACUUCCACAAUGAAACUAUCAAUAUCCUAACUCACGGUGUGUCCCUGGUGUACAUGAUGGUGGUGUUGCCGGGACUGCUGCCGUGGGGUGGCGGGGGCGGGGCGGCGUGGUUCCUCUCGCUGUGCCACCUACUGGGCGCGCUGGCGCCCUGGUGCGGCUCCUUCCUCUACCACCUCUUCAUGAACCACACCAGCGGCGCCGGCCUCUACCACCGCCUGCUGCAGCUCGACAUGCUAGGCAUAUGGGUCAGCCAGAGUAUUGGCGCCAUUCCUAUGGUGACGGCGACUGUGUACUGUGCGCCUGCGCCGCUGCGCUACGCCGCGCUCGCUGUCUACUGCCUUGGUAGCUUGCUCGGACUUUAUAAAGCUAUGCGCGCGUGGUCGCCGUGGGAGCGUCGGCUAUGUUUCGCGGCGCCGUUCUGCAUGCGGCUGCUGUUGGCGGGUGCGCGUGCUGCGCGGCUCGGCGGUGGCGACCCUCACGCCAUACUACACGUCUUCUUACAAGACGCCGUAUCCCUGGGCGGGGGUGUGAUAGGAGCGAUGCACAUCCCGGAGAAGUGGUUCCCCGGCGCUGUGGACCGCUGUCUCAAUUCCCACAAUAUCAUGCACGUCCUUGUCGUCCUAGCCGUCUAUUCCAUGCACCAGGUGACGACACUAGACCUGGCGUGGAUGUCGCGCGUCGAUUGCCACGCACCGCUGCGCCAUCUCUGACGGUGAUCACCGUCGCCGACCUCCCUCCACCCACUGACGUCUCCCACAAUCCUUCACACACGCUAACACCAUAUAGUGCUUACCAUUCAAACAGUAACUACAUCGUGUUUUAAAAAACCCAAAACGAUUGAAUAUUUUUAUUAUUAAAUUGAAAUUUAUAAUUUCAAAUAACACUUCAUAAAUCUGUUUAUUACCUCAAUGAUUGGUUUAAGAUUAUGAGAAACACCAAAAUUGCCACAAGCGCAAAUGAUCGACGUAAAGGGGGAAGAAAAAAAGGAAAAUUUUUGUCUGGUCAUCUCACCAAAUAUACCUAUAUUUAUCUGCACACAAUACGACCACAGAAGUCUAAUAUAGAAUAUACAUACAGUUCAGUGAUAAAUAUAAAUUAGAAA